AUGGCUUCAUUAGAUGUUUCGGGCACAGGUAAUGAGCUCAAUGGAGCUCACGACCUCGGCCACUCCAGAAAACAAAUCAUGCUCAAUGCAUUUGACAUGUUUACACCGACGCACAUGAAUUUUGGACAAUGGAAGAACCCAGCAGACAAGGGCAGCACAAAGCGAGAUCUGGCGUACUGGAUCGAGUUGGCCCAAUUGUUGGAGCGCGGCGGCUUCUUGUCUCUCUUCAUUGCAGACACAUACGGAGGAUACGACACCUACGAGGGCAACUUGGAUAAUUGUGUCUCGAGAGCGGUGCAGUGGCCCGUCUUGGACCCUAUUGUGCCGGUCUCUGCAAUGGCAGCAGUCACCAAGAACUUGGCGUUUGGAGUCACGGGCUCAACAGCCGGCGAACUGCCCUUUCUCCUGGCCAGAAGGUAUUCAACGUUGGAUCAUCUGACCAAAGGUCGCAUUGCCUGGAACAUUGUCACAUCGUGGAAGAAGUCGGCCUUCAAGGCCAUUGGCUUCGAUAGCCCCGUCGAGCAUGACGAGAGAUAUCUACAGGCAGACGAAUAUCUGAAAGUCAUGUACAAACUCUGGGAGGGUUCCUGGUCCAACGACGCCAUCAAGAAAGAUGCCGAAAAUGACACGUACACGGACGCCUCCAAAGUCCGUAGCAUCAAGCACCACGGCAAGUACUUCAAGCUAGAGACCAAAUUCAUCGUCGAUCCGUCCCCCCAGCGGACGCCGUUCCUAUUUCAGGCCGGCACCUCGCCCGCCGGCAUCGCCUUUGCUUCCCAGCACGCCGAGGGCAUCUUCCUGGGCGGCUUCACGCCAUCGGCCACGGCGUCCAAGGUAACCGGGAUCCGCGCCGCGGCCGCCGCAAAGGGGCGCGAUCCUCGGAGCAUCAAGUUCUUUAGCAUGAUGAUCCCCGUCCUGGGCGCCACGGACGAGGAGGCGCAGGCCAAGCUGGCGGAGCUCAAGAGCUACGCCAGCACGACGGGCGGGCUCGUCUUCAUGAGCGGGCUGACGGGCAUCGACCUGUCGCGCGUCCCGCUGGACCAGGAGCUCAAGACGUCGGACAGCACGGACGCGAACCGCAUCCACAGCCAGCUGGCGGGCAUGACCGAGGACCACGAGACCAAGUGGACGCCGCGCAACGUGGCCGAGCGCGCCUCGCUCGGGGGGCUGGCGCCGCUCAUGGUGGGCACGCCGGCCGCCGUCGCCGACGAGAUGGAGCGCUGGAUGCGCGAGGCUGAUAUCGACGGCUUCACGAUUGCCCAAAUGACGGCCCCCGGGACGCUGGUGGACAUGGUCGAGUUGCUCGUUCCCGAGCUGCGGCGGAGAGGCGUCUAUCCUGAAGUUGCGGCAGGAGGAGAAGAGGGGCUCUCGAUGAGAGAGAGAGUUCUAGGAAGAGGGCAAAGAUGGUUGCGAGAUGAUCACAUUGGCAGCACGUUCAAGUACGAUGCAUACCAGGAAAGUCCAUUGCAGGAGGAAGCGAUUUAA